AUUAUCGCAGAGCGGGAGAUGCAGCGUGCAAACUACUUCACUUUCGUCACCUUGAUCAACAUGGUGCAGGACAAAGUUAGGGCAAACACAACUUUCCUGAUGCCGAGCGACCGCAUGCUGUCGAAAACCCUGAUUCCGGAGAAGCAAGUGCUAGAGUUCUUGUUGAGGCAUUCGAUCCCCGCACCUUUGUUCUUCGAGGACUUGAAACGCCUCCCAAAUGGAACCCUGAUUCCCGCGUACGAGCCCGAGUACAUGAUAAGAGUAACUAACAAAGGGAGGAAAAGAUUUUACGUCAAUAACAUUCAGCUUGUGAGCCCUAAUAUUUGCAUUGCCGGAGAUUCGUUCAGGUGCCAUGGGAUAAAUGGAGUUCUAAAGAGAGAAGUUUCGAAGAGGGGAACUCCGAUCAGUUGCUCCCAUGCAGCUCCUCCACCUGCAGCACCUGGGCCUUUGUCGUCUCAUGUUGAAUCUCCACCACCGCUUUUAGCAGCUUCACCAAUAAUGAGUCCUUCUGUAAGUCCACCGCCGGAAGAAUCUGACAUGGGGACUCAGAAGUCAACUUCUUUCAAUCUACAAUUCAGAGAAUCAUACUCUAUUAUGGUGGCUUUCCUAAUAUUAUCCGUAAUGAGGCUCUGGAUUUAA